GCAGAGCGGGCUCAGGGCCGGCGGCGGCGGGCCCGGGGUUGCCAUGGUAACCGGCAGCAGCCGCCGCCACAGCAGGGCCGGCCCCAGCGCCAGCGCCGGCCGCGGCUCGGUCGGGCUCGGGCUCAGUGUGUGGGUGAGCGGCGCUGGCCGGCCGGGAGCGGGCGCGGCCCGGCGGCCUCAGCAUGGAGGACGGCUUCUCGAGCUACAGCAGCCUGUACGACACGUCCUCGCUGCUCCAGUUUUGCAACGAUGACAGCGCAUCGGCAGCCAGCAGCAUGGAGGUGACAGACCGCAUCGCCUCCCUGGAGCAGCGCGUGCAGAUGCAGGAAGAUGACAUCCAGCUGCUCAAGUCGGCUCUGGCUGACGUGGUGCGGCGGCUGAACAUCACGGAGGAGCAGCAGGCCGUGCUGAACCGCAAAGGACCGACCAAAGCCAGACCGCUGGUGCAGACCCUGCCUCUCAGAACCACCAUCAACAAUGGUGCUGUGCUACCAAAGAAACCAAGUGGCUCCCUGCCGUCGCCCUCGGGCACCAGGAAGGACCCCGCUGGGCCAGCAACCAAAAGCACCAUCAAGAGGACUAGCUCCUCCGAGCGCGUGUCUCCGGGCGGCCGGCGGGAGAGCUACGGGGAUUCCAGAGGCAACCGGAAUCGCACGGGUUCCACCAGCAGCUCCUCCAGCGGCAAGAAAAACAGCGAAAGCAAACCCAAGGAGCCUGUGUUCAGUGCAGCCCUUCUGUCUCUGUCUCCGAAACCCCAAGGGAAGCGGCGCGUGACACACUGCAAAGAAGAAGGAUACGUAAAGAUGUUUCUUCGCGGACGCCCGGUGACCAUGUACAUGCCCAAAGAGCAAGUGGACUCCUACAGUUUGGAAGCCAAAGUGGAACUGCCGGCCAAGAGACUCAAGCUGGAGUGGGUCUAUGGGUACCGAGGUCGAGACUGUCGGAAUAACCUCUACCUGCUGCCGACGGGGGAGACUGUGUACUUCAUCGCGUCCGUGGUGGUGCUGUACAACGUGGAGGAGCAGCUGCAGAGGCACUACGCUGGCCACAACGAUGACGUGAAGUGCCUGGCAGUUCAUCCCGAUAGGAUCACGAUAGCCACAGGUCAAGUCGCGGGCACGUCUAAGGACGGAAAACAACUGCCGCCACACGUGCGCAUCUGGGACUCGGUGACAUUGAACACUCUGCACGUCAUUGGAGUUGGCUUCUUUGACCGUGCUGUCACCUGCAUUGCGUUCUCCAAGUCCAACGGAGGAGGCCAUCUCUGUGCCGUGGAUGACUCCAACGACCACGUGCUGUCCGUGUGGGACUGGCAGAAGGAGGAGAGGCUAGCCGACGUGAAGUGCUCCAAUGAGGCCGUGUUCGCCGCGGAUUUCCACCCCACUGACACCAACGUCAUUGUUACCUGUGGGAAGUCGCACCUCUACUUUUGGACUCUCGAGGGUGGCUCCCUCAUUAAGAAGCAGGGGUUGUUUGAGAAACAAGAAAAGCCAAAGUUUGUCCUCUGUGUGACGUUUUCUGAAAAUGGUGACACCAUCACUGGAGAUUCGAGCGGCAACAUCUUAGUGUGGGGAAAAGGUACCAACCGGAUAAGCUACGCAGUUCAGGGUGCCCACGAAGGUGGCAUUUUCGCACUCUGUAUGCUAAGAGACGGCACCCUGGUGUCUGGAGGAGGCAAAGACCGGAAGCUCAUUUCUUGGAACGCAAACUAUCAGAAACUUCACAAAACAGAGAUUCCAGAACAGUUUGGUCCGAUACGGACAGUGGCCAAGGGGAAGGGGGACAUUAUCCUGAUAGGCACGACCAGGAACUUCGUGCUCCAGGGCACACUGGCUGGGGACUUUGCACCCAUCACUCAGGGCCACACCGAUGAGCUCUGGGGACUGGCCAUCCAUGCCUCCAAGCCUCAGUUCUUGACUUGUGGGCAUGACAAGCAUGCCAUUCUCUGGGACGCUAUUGGUCACCGACCUGUCUGGGACAAGACCAUAGAGGAUCCAGCUCAGUCUUCUGGUUUUCAUCCUUCAGGGUCUGUGGUUGCCGUUGGAACGCUGACUGGGAGGUGGUUCGUGCUUGAUACAGAAACCAAGGACCUGGUGACCGUGCACACGGAUGGGAACGAGCAGCUGUCUGUCAUGCGUUACUCACCAGACGGGAACUUUCUGGCCAUCGGCUCCCACGACAACUGCAUCUAUAUCUAUGGGGUGAGCGACAACGGUCGGAAGUACACCCGCCUCGGCAAGUGCUCCGGUCACUCCAGCUUCAUCACGCACCUGGACUGGUCUGUCAACUCCCAGUUCCUUGUGUCCAACUCCGGAGACUAUGAAAUCCUCUAUUGGGUCCCCUCUGCUUGCAAGCAAGUCGUCAGCGUGGAGACCACGAGGGACAUCGAGUGGGCUACGUACACCUGCACCCUGGGCUUCCACGUGUUCGGAGUGUGGCCAGAAGGUUCAGACGGAACCGACAUCAACGCCGUCUGCCGGGCACGCGAGAAAAACCUGCUGGCAACGGGCGAUGACUUUGGCAAAGUGCACCUCUUCUCCUACCCCUGCUCACAGUUCAGGGCUCCGAGCCACAUAUACGGUGGGCACAGCAGCCACGUCACCAACGUGGACUUCCUCUGCGAAGACAGCCACCUCAUCUCCACAGGUGGGAAGGACACGAGCAUCAUGCAGUGGCGGCUCAUCUAGUCCCUGUGCACGGACGAGGGCCACGGAGCUUGUCCCAGAAGACACGGACCCACGUGGUACUUGGUCACUGUGAUUUCUGUUUUGUUUAAAAAGAAAUAAUCUUACAAACCUCAGGAAAACCAUGCCCUCUGCCAGUUACCUUAGCCUAGGGAGUGUGCAUGGCAUCGGAGCAGCCGUGCUGUUGUGCUAUUCUAGUCCCCGCUGUGAAGCAGGUGCGUGUCGGACGUGGGAACAGUUCCAAGGCUUGCAUUGUGGUGACAUCAACAGGAGGAACUGGUGUAUCCUUAGAAACUUUUCUAUGAACUCUUCAAAAAUGGUCACAGAAUGCCUUCAAGAACAUUGUAUAUACUCUUUCCUAUUGUACCGCCUAGCUUCCCAAGUCCAAUAUUUAUGAUAAUGAUGAUGAUAAGGUACUGCCCGGUGAGCACCAUGGAGGAUCUAUCACUCAAGACACAGAAUUGCUGAUUUGCACAGCUGAAUCAGGAAAUACAAAUAAGAGACUUCCUUAGGAUAAUUUUUUUCUAAGGCUUCUUAAAUCCUCUCCUUGGGAGACUGGCGGGAAAGGGGUCAUAGCUGGGUAGAUGCUACUCCCGGUUAGCGCUAGCAGUGUAGCAGGUGGGGGGCGUCUCGGAGCUUCAGCCUCCGCACACACACAGCCAGCGUCUUGCCGCUGGCCUCUCCGCUGCUUGCUGAUCAUGUGCUGGACAGAUCCGUGAGCCACUUGGCCACUUCCUUGUGUUUAUUCACGGGCAUGCUAUGGUAUUGUGCUUGUAUAGGAUCUUAGCAAUUCAUAAUAAAUGCAUAGGGCCAGGCAUUGCCACUGCACGCAGCAAGCACUGGACGUUGUAUCUUACGACCAACAGGCUGAGUCAGAAAGGUCUCAGCCGCCUCCCCCAGGGACUGAGGACAACUGCCCGCCCCGUCCGUGGCGUGGAG